AUAUUUUGUCAGAUCUUGCACGUACUCGCUUUGUGUUUGCUGUUGUGUAUUUGUCUUUAAAAUAAAAUAAAUUCGCACAAACGGUAAACAUGGAAGUCAGCACCCAGAAGAUGAAGAAGAGGCCGACAAAAAUAGAAGACAUGAGCAAGGAACAAAUACGACAAGCAAUUCUGAAGAAGCGAGAAUGCAAUGCAAAGGCUCAACAAAUUGUUGAGAGCCUUUUAGAACGAGAUGUUACUGACUCAUUCCUUUUGCAGUGCCUUCCCCACAUCAACCAGACGCACUUCGACGAUAUCAUCGAGGAACGGUCCAUCAUCCACUUAUGUGGCUACCCAAUUUGUCAAAAAACCUUGUCGGUAAAAGAUAUACCUAAACAGAAGUACAGGAUAUCGCUGAAGACUAACAAAGUGUACGAUAUUACUGGCAGGAAGAACUUCUGCAGUAACUCUUGUUAUAACGCCGCCAUGUUUGUCAAAAAGCAGAUGUUGACUAGCCCUCUAUGGUUCAGGGAGUAUGAGAAUAUACCUACUUUCAAUCUGCUAAAGCUGGAUGCAAUUGGCUCUAUGGGAGAAGAGGUUGACGUCACAAUGGUUGAAAGAGUUAAAAUAGCAGAUAAGAAAGCAUUCACAUCUAUUAACGACUUUACUGAAGCAAGUCUUAAUGAAAUAUCUCCUAAGCAAGAAAAUAAUAAAACAAAAUCUAUAUCUGACAAAAGUGAAGCUGAUAACCAGAAUGAAGAAGGCAAAGCAAUGCAAUCAGUAAAUGAUAAACUAGCCAAUAUUACUCUUGAAUGUGAAGUAAAGAACUCAACAACUGAUCCAAAUCCUACUGCGGAACCUGUCCAAAGUACAAAUGACAAUUCUAACACAACUUAUGAAACAAACUCAGAAAACUCAAACAUCACUAACACACAAGUACCUGAAGCUGAAAAUACUCCAAAAAAAGAUGUCAAGCCAGCACCUAAUCCAUUAAACAUAGUAGGUGAUAUAAUAGAAAAACCAGAAAAGAAAAUAGACCCAAUACUAACAACUCCCAUUUCUACCACAGAAAAACAAAGUAAAGAGAUCAAAUCUAGCAAAAAGGCACAGAAGAAGCAACCUCUUGUAACUGCAUUAACCAUUGAAGUAGAAAAAUGCCUGGCUGAAUGGUUUACUUUAGACACCAUACUCUUACUCUUUGGAGAAGAAAAAGUUAGAGAAAUGGUCGCUGACAAAGGAGAAUGUAUUAAAGAGUAUUUAAAUAAUUAUGCUAAAGGCAUCUUCUACAGUUCCAAUGUCUAUGAUCAGUAUCAAGCUCUAUGUAGAAAGUUAAACAUGCUUGAACUAGAAGAUAGGAAAUUUGACAGUGAGACAAUGAAAAGAGAAUCGAAACCUUUGCCUGACUACAGGAUGCUUCAAGAGGAGAGUAAAAAAAUGCAGCUAAAAGUAAAAGCAUUUUUCUCAGGGGAGACUGAGGUACCAGAACCUGUAACUGAACCUUUAGAAAGUCCUGAAAUUGUGGAAGAGGAGAACAGAACUAACCUACCUUUGGUAGACAAGAACUCACAAAAUGCAUUACGAAGAAGGAUAGUAUGUCAACACCUUAACAAAGUAUUGCCAGAUAUACUAAGAUCUUUAGGCUUGUUAAGUCUUUCAAUAAGUUCCGAUUUCAGAUUACUAGUUAAUACUUUUAAAUUGAAAGCUAAUAAUAUAAUGUUUAAGCCAAUACAGUGGACUUUAAUAGCUAUAAUUUUUAUAAAGCUCUUGUCUUUAAGAGAUAAGAGACUUGAGUACUUGUUGGAGCAGCCGACUGGUUACAAACACAUGCAGUUAUUAUUACUUAGUUAUAAGCAGGAUGGAGGGUACCUGGAUAGACUGAUAAGCUGGCUUACAGAUAUAGAUAGAUUGUUAGAAACUACUGACACACAAUUGACAGUUGAAUAAAUACUUUAUAUUAAUUUAUUA